AUGACACCAGAAACAAUUAACCUACGUUCCAAAACAUUUUUAAUUGAAAUGCUGAAACUUAUGAAAUUAGAAGGAGAUAGACAAGGAGAACCCAUUACUAAUACCAAUGAAAUUUUAACUAUCCAAGGAAAAAAGAAGUUAGAUCCCGGUCAUUUUGAAUUUGAAAAUGACGAACAACAUUUUAAAUUCUUAAGAAUGAACAAUGAGGACCAAAAGGAUAUAAUACAAAAUUUAAAAAAUUCUCUCCAAGGGGGGGCUAAUUAUAAGCAACAAAACGAGCAAAUUUUAACUAAUUUGAAAAAUAUUCUCGGUGAUAAUUUAACUGAUUGA